CCACGCUUGCGUUUCAACUCCGGGGACAGAGCUCACCUAUCUAUCCCUGCUAAUUCAUUUCCACUUUGAUUAUUUCUGAGAUACCCUUUUCGUUAUUAGCAAGAAUCCAUCCGUCAUGGAGGGACAAUUUGAUGAUGCCGCACAGGAUCGUGUGCGUGCCGCUGUCGAGUUUCUCGACCCAAGCGAUGCUAGAGCGCGCAGUUAUCGAGCCGAUAUCCUGUUGAUGCUUAACAGAGGGCUGCGGCGAUUAAUAGUCAGCAUUGAUGAGAUUCGAGCACAUAGCCGUGAGAUGGCCGAUGGUCUUCUCACAUCUCCUUACGAAUACACGGAUGCCUUCGAGAGAGCGCUGAAAGAUAUCAUCAAGACUUUGCCCAACCGACCGUCCAGAGAAACAGCAGACGAUGUGCAUUAUCACUGUGGCUUCGUUGGCGCAUUUGGGGAAUUCUCCUGCAAUCCUAGAACACUCGGCUCCUCGCAUCUGAACCGAAUGAUUUCUCUGGAGGGGAUUGUUACUAAAUGUUCCUUGGUCCGGCCGAAAGUUAUUCAGAGUGUCCACUGGAGUGAGCGCACCAAGAAGUUCCUCACCCGAAAAUACGUUGAUGCGACAAUGACUGCAAGCGGAGCGACUAGUAUGAGCGUUUACCCUCAAGAGGACGACGAGAAGAACCCGUUAACCACGGAAUACGGCUACUCUACGUACAUGGAUCACCAAACUAUUUCAAUUCAGGAAAUGCCCGAAAGGGCACCGGCUGGCCAGCUUCCUCGCAGCGUGGACGUGAUCUUGGAUGAUGAUCUGGUUGACCGAGCGAAACCCGGAGACAGAAUCCAGCUUGUUGGUGUAUACCGCACUUUGGGAAACCGAAACGCAUCUUCCACGUCUGCCACGUUCCGCACACUCGUACUAGCCAAUAACAUUAUUCAGCUGGCAUCAAAGUCAGGCGGAGGCAUCGCGCAAGCUACGAUUACCGACACGGAUAUUCGGAACAUCAACAAGGUCGCCAAGAAGAAGAGCGUAUUUGAGUUGCUAUCUCAAUCUCUCGCUCCCAGUAUUCACGGCCAUGACUACAUCAAGAAGGCGAUCUUGCUUAUGCUGCUUGGUGGUAUGGAGAAGAACUUGGACAACGGCACUCACUUGCGUGGUGAUAUCAACAUCCUCAUGGUUGGAGAUCCAUCCACGGCCAAAUCACAGCUUCUUCGCUUCGUUCUGAAUACUGCGCCGCUUGCCAUUGCAACCACGGGUCGUGGUUCUUCCGGUGUCGGUCUUACUGCCGCCGUCACUUCCGACAAGGAGACCGGUGAGCGCAGAUUGGAGGCCGGUGCAAUGGUCCUUGGUGACCGUGGUGUCGUCUGUAUUGAUGAGUUCGAUAAAAUGAGUGAUGUUGACCGCGUGGCUAUUCACGAAGUGAUGGAACAGCAAACAGUCACGAUUGCAAAGGCUGGUAUCCACACCAGUUUGAACGCUCGGUGCAGUGUUCUGGCUGCCGCUAAUCCUAUCUACGGUCAAUAUGAUCCCCACAAGGACCCGCACAAGAACAUCGCCCUGCCUGAUUCCCUUCUGUCACGUUUCGACUUGCUCUUUGUCGUGACGGAUGAUAUCGAAGAUGCUAAGGAUCGAAUGGUGUCUGAGCAUGUCCUUCGCAUGCACCGCUACCGUCAGCCUGGCGCUGAGGAGGGCGCACCUGUUCGUGAACAGCAGCAUCAGACGCUCGGUGUCGGCCUGGAGGACAGCCAGGAUUCCAACCAUCCCACUGAUGUUUACGAGAAAUUCAACGUCAUGCUUCAUGCUGGCAUGGCUAACCAGCGGAGCAAGAACAAAAACGUCGAGAUCCUGAGCAUUCCCUUCAUCAAGAAGUAUGUUCAGUAUGCCAAGACUCGUGUCAAGCCUGUGUUGACCAAGGGGGCUGCCGACCACAUUGUGACGACGUACUCCGCGCUGAGAAACGAUGAGCUGUCUGGCAAUCAGCGCAGAACAUCUCCUAUCACCGCUCGUACGCUUGAGACCCUAAUCCGUUUGUCUACAGCCCAUGCCAAGUCGCGUCUCUCGAACAGAGUGGAAGAACGUGAUGCCAAGGUUGCAGAGUCGAUCUUGCGAUUUGCUAUGUUCAAGGAAGUGCUCGAAGACGAACGCCGUAAGAGAAGAAAGGUUACCACUUUCGACGAGGACUCAGAAAGUGAUGACUCCGAUUCCGAGAACGAUGAGGAGACUCCCGCACAGACUGCAAGCGCAACCCCUCGUUCCACUAGACGGGGCGGGCUGAGCACUCGCGGUGCCAACGGUCUGUCCACCAUGGCCGAGGAUACAGAGAUGGAUGCGGAGGGAGACAUUGUGUCCGAGGAUGGCGAUGGCCUGUACAACUCCAGCCCUCGUGGGCAGCGACUCCGUUCCAGCCGUACCCAGCCCGAGUCGCAGAGCCAGUCUCAAAUGUCUGUGGCAUCGUCUCGUCCGGCGUCGCAGCUCAUCGAGUCCCAGACGGACAAUUCCCAGUCCCAGACUGCCGAUCCCACAUCCCAGCCUCUCCAGCCUGCUCGCCUGACCAUCUUCCGCCAGGCUCUAGGCCCGCUGAUGGGCACCCGCCUGUUCACGCACGGAGAUACGGCCGACGUAGAAACGCUUGUCGGCGCAGUGAACACUGCUAUUCGCAGUGCACCAGCCCUCGGCGAAGACCACGUCUUCCAACGUCCGGAGGCCCUCCAAGCUCUGCGGGCUAUGAACGAGAGAAACGAAUUGAUGUAUCUUGAGGAUGAUGACACUGUUUACAGAAUCUAAUGAACCAUCGGUUGAGGGCUAUCCGGUAUAGAAUAUGGGUAUUUGUUGUAACGGCAUCAAAGCAGGUCUGAUUGUGCAUGAUAUUUUGUCACAUGCGAAAUUUUACUUUUCCACAUAGGCGGAUUUGGGUGAAACAGUGGGGCGUUUUUUUGGGGUUCUUCACUUCUUUCCAU